GUUCGUCAUGGAGGCGAGAGGCAGUGCCGUCAAUACUCCUGCCAGCAGGCCUGUUACUCGCAGAAGCAAGAGUUAUGGUCGGAGCUGUGUGGAAGCACCCUCAUAUUUCUGGCAGACGACAGGGCAUUUAACAGUCUUGAAGGUCCCAGCCAGCAGAGGGGCUGCCAAAUCACAAAUCAUCACAAACAAGGUUGACCCUGAGCACAUUGCCCUCUUGGUAAAAAAUGAGUGGAAGCUGUCUUACGUCACCCCUUUGCAUGGAUUCAGACACACGCAGCUGAAGUUGUAUUCCAAACAUCUCUCAGCCUUCAUUGUGGCAGAGAAACAACAAGGAGUUGCAGUUGAAGUGGGGUUAGAGGUGGGAUUUAAAGUUACAUUUACUGCAGUUCUUGGAAUGGCUGAGACUGAGGAGGAUGCAGAGACUGUUUUCAUCCAGAUCCAGUCCAAACCUGUGUUUGGUGCAGCGGGAGAUACACCGAAAGUGGUUUGGCGUGGUUGGCUCACGUGUGUCAACGGUGAUUCUGAGUACCUGAGGUCGCUGCCUCCUGAUUUUGUCAGCUUACCUUUGUUCUGCACCAGUGGGCCAGAGUCUCUUACGGCCCUGGUUAAAUCCUGGUUCGAGCGAGCUUUUGACUGUAACUUUGGCUCUUUGAGUUUGAAUUCCACUACUCUCAACUGGCUGGCUGCUUUGUGGACCGGCUGCCAUACGACCUGCAAUAUCAGAUACCUGAAGUUAUCCUGGAGCCUUCCCACACAGCCACCCUUGGAUAUCUCAUAUACAGUAAACCCACAGGAUGCGUGGGAGCUCUGGAGCGGUGUUCACCCAGACGAGAUUACAGAUGACAGGAUUGAUAUCAAGGAUGUUCAGUCUUUCAUGGCUGGGCUGGAGACUCAUUUCUUUAGACACUUUAAGAUCUACUUGUCUGCUGGCAAGCUUGUAAAAGUAUCUACUGCUAUUGGAUCAGCACAUCUGGAUGGGAAAAUUAAGAUUGGAAACAGUGACUACAUCACCACCUUACUAACACUGCUGACAGAGUGUGCCCUUUUGAAAAUGCCAACUUAAGAUCUGCAUAAUGUUUUAGAUUUUGUAAAUAGCUUUUUUUAGAUAUGUGCAGCCCCUAAACUUUUAAAUCUUUUAAGGCUUUUUGUUUGAAGUCUCAUAUAUAUUUUUUGAAAUGUGCAGUAAAAUAUUUUUGUCUUUCUUCAAAUUUUAAACAUGUAACUGUCUUGUUUUUAUUGUGACUGUUUUCUUUACUUUACAUCCAGGCAAAUAAAAUUAUUUUAGUCCACAACACUUUAAGGAAAGUGAUAUGACUAAUUUUCCCAAAUAAGUACAAACAAUAAUUAAAUAGUUUAGCUGUUCAUAAAUAUUUAGAGUUGAGACAUUUAUUGGUGUUUACAUGUCUGUUUUCAUAAUUUGGUAUAUUGUAACGCAUGUUGCUGUUUUCUAGACAUGUUCUACCCUUGACAGUAUGUUAAAACCUUAUGGAAGGUUCUGUACACAGAGAAUGGUGACAGAUACCAAUUUAGAUUUUUACCAACUUAUAUUUUAUCCUUUGUCUCAUGUAAACUCUGGCUCAAAGUAUAUUCAGUAUGUUCUGUGGAAUUACCUCAUUAUGUUUUACUGAAUCUAACAGUUUAGGAAUUAUGUACGAAGAACUCGAGUGAGAGUAGCAAAUGUUAUUGCUUUGAAUUGCAAAUGGUUGGCUUUUCAUUUUGUAAAUGAUAUACCUUGACCGUUUAUGUUUUGGGAUUUUAAUUUGAUUCAUUAGCACUUGAUACACCCUUCAUUUAAAUAUUUCCAUCAUUAAAAGUACAUAGGAUGUGAAUAACAAAUGUAUUUUAAUUGAACCUCUAGUCUCUCAGUAAAGCACAAACCUGAAUUGUUUUAACAAACCCCUAGUCUGUAUGAG